GGCGGCGGCCGUGCGGAUUCGCGGGGUGGCUUCGGGGAUCCGGGCGCGGGCCCGGCGCAGCAGGAGUUGUGGUUUCGUGCAGCCGCCAGGCCUCUCUUCUGGGUCCCAGUCUGCAGUCUGGAAGCCUGGGUGGGACCGCUGUCCUCCUGGGCAGGGAGGUGUUCCCAAGGGAAGCACCCCUUUGGAAAUUGAACACAGCUGGUAUCUCUCGGCCAGAGGGUCAGAGGCCAAGGAGGUUGGUGAGGAGGUAGUCCCCUAAUGCGCUGGGAUCGUCCUCUGCGCAGCGUCAUUCCCAGUGGAGUCUGUGUGAGCCGAGGUGAGUCUGACUUCGGCCUUCGUCCCUGCGCACGUCAGCCCUCAGGGCUGCAGAGACACACACCAGGCGCCCGGGGGAGCUAGGGGACCUACCCAAUCCAGCCCACCCGAGGAAGGAAGGGUGCUUGGCCGGUGUGACCUGGAGGGGUAGGACAGCCCAGCCAAGCUGAGGGACUUGCCAGGGACGGGGUGGGCAUCAGGCAGCGGCCGCUGGACUCUGGCUUCUGGAGUUCUGAUUUGGUCUCUGGUCGCCUGCAGCCUUCCACAGCUCAUAGCUAUUUUGGGGCUUCCUGAUCACUCAGCAGGGACCUUGGGGAGGGACUUUGAUGUGUUGGAAGUACCUUCCCGGAGGGGAUUUUUGUGAGGAUUAAGUGAAAUAAUGCACGUAACAUGCUUAACCCUGAGCCUGGUGAGGGCUAAGCACUCGGCGGCCCUUCCAGUUUUGUUUGCUGUUUUUUCCUAUUACCGGUCUCUUCCUGGAGGAGGGCCUUCCAGGAAUCACAGGGCUAGACAGAGCCAAGGGUGGCCCCUCUGGAGGGAGAGGAGGCUUGGAGUCUGCAGGAUGGUCCCUGCCGGCCCUGUGACCUCGUCUGUCCCCCUAGCCCCAUCGCUCCUUCCGCUGCUGUCUGACUUCACCCAUUCCACCUGGAGCUGCUCCUCAGGACUGGACCUCUGCCCCUAGAGUCUAACUGCGACACCCAGUCUGGAGUGCAGUGGCAUGAUCUCGGCUCACUGCAACCUCCACUUCCCAAGUUUAAGCGAUUCUCCUGCCUCAGCUUCUGGACUAGCUGGGACUUCAGCGGGCUGGAGACGAUGGUGGACCACUUGGCCAACACAGAGAUCAACAGCCAGCGCAUCGCAGCUGUGGAGAGCUGCUUCGGGGCCUCGGGGCAGCCGCUGGCACUGCUGGGCCGAGUGCUGCUGGGCGAGGGCGUGCUGACCAAGGAGUGCCGCAAGAAGGCCAAGCCACGAAUCUUCUUCCUCUUCAAUGACAUCCUGGUGUACGGCAGCAUCGUGCUCAACAAGCGCAAGUACCGCAGCCAGCACAUCAUCCCCCUGGAGGAGGUGACGCUGGAGCUGCUGCCCGAGACGCUGCAGGCCAAGAACCGCUGGAUGAUCAAGACGGCCAAGAAGUCCUUUGUCGUGUCGGCCGCCUCCGCCACGGAGCGCCAGGAGUGGAUCAGCCACAUCGAGGAGUGCGUGCGGCGGCAGCUGCGGGCCACGGGCCGCUCGCCCAGCACAGAGCACGCGGCGCCCUGGAUCCCCGACAAGGCCACGGACAUCUGCAUGCGCUGCACGCAGACGCGCUUCUCCGCCCUCACGCGGCGCCACCACUGCCGCAAGUGCGGCUUUGUGGUGUGUGCUGAGUGCUCGCGCCAGCGCUUCCUGCUCCCGCGCCUGUCCCCCAAGCCCGUGCGCGUCUGCAGCCUCUGCUACCGUGAGCUGGCCGCCCAGCAGCGGCAGGAGGAGGCGGAGGAGCAGGGCGCGGGGUCCCCGGGGCAGCCGGCUCACCUGGCCCGGGCCAUCUGCGGAGCAUCCAGCGGAGACGACGAUGACUCCGACGAGGACAAGGAGGGCAGCGGGGACGGCGACUGGUCCAGCCGCGUGGAGUUCUACAGCUCAGGUGUGGCCUGGUCUGCCUUCCACAGCUGACCUCCGACCUGCAGAGAGUCUGUCCCUUGGCCAGCUCCACUGCCCAGGACUCUGAGCGGGCACAGGGGUGGGGAGUGGCUCUUUCUGGACUCCCAGUGCCUUUUUGCUGGACACCGUGUCUUUCUGGCUCCACUGCAGGUAAUGCCUUUCCCUUCAGAAAGCCCCAGAGCACCCAGACGGCUUGGGAACAAACGCCACUUCCUGGCUCUGCAGGCUGCAGCGGCAGCUCCAGACAGCCUCCUGAGCUGCACGAUCCCAGGUCCCUAGGCAUCUAGAGAUCACAGUGGGGUUCAGAGCACAGAAGCAAGACAGGACAGGAGUGUAGCCUUGAGCCACAGAAGCCACCUCCACCAUGACAAGCACACCCCACUGAAGAGCCUGAGUCCCAGGAGGCUUCCGGGAAGCCCAGGCCUGCCAAUCAGACAUGUGAGCUCCCCAAAGCCCAGCCAGAAACUGCUGUGCUGUGGCUGUCACCAGGCCCAGGGACUGCAGCCUGAGCUCCUGGAGGCCCAGGGCAGCCAGCUGAGGACUCUGGCCUACGUCACCUCUCUCCAGGUGUCUCGUGCCUUAUUGUCCUAUCCUCAGCUCUCCCCGAGGCCAGUGAAUCCCGUGUUUUCUGUUAGGACUCAGUUGCAAGAACAGAACCAUUCCCACACUUAAUAAUAAAAAAGAAAGUUAUGGACUCA